AUGUCCCCACCCUCUGCCUCCUCUUCUACCACCAUGACUCGGCCUUCCCCGUUGCACUGUGCAGUGAUCACCAACAUCGACUCUCUCGACAAGGCAUAUGCAUCCCUCGAGCUGCCUCAGCGAUACAUGGCCGGACCUCACGAUGAGAUCGCCAGCCAAGCCCCGGACCGCGGCAUCGCCACCUCCGACACCCUGCCCGGUCCCAAGCGUGUUCACCGGCUCGCCGACUUCGCAACACAAGCCGAGAUCAUUCGUACCGCAUCGUUUGGCUUCUCCGGAUACACGAUGGGGGCCUAUGUCUCGGACCAAGAGUCCCGCGGCGGCACCCUGUCGCAGGUGGACAGUCUGGAGGCCGCCAAGUUGACAGCGAUUGACAUGACGGACCAGCUGUCGCAUGCGAUCAAGGAGCUUCGCUGUCGCAUCGACUAUCUCUCUUUCGAUCUGAAGGACAGGGAGUUUGCCGCUGGAGACCAUCGCACACUUGACGAUCUCGUGGAGAUCGAUGGUGAAAUGCUGGCCGUUCGAGGGCGAGGUGAGAGAGUUUCAAGGCUUCUGGGAGCGGCGGAGACGGUGCUCGAGAGGAUCAAGGUGUACCAGUCCUCCGAGGGAGGAGCGGUCGUCGAGGACCCAUCGGCCGUGAUGGACCUUGACGACUAA